AUGUACGACAACCCUUUUCUGAACUUACUCCGUUUAAUAUUCGUCUGCUUAAUCUUGUAUAUCAUCCUCCGCCCUCUCUACGAUUGUUGUUGUCUCUCCCGCUCUAGGAGUCAUCACAUCCGCAGCCGUAACAACCGCUCUACAAUGGUUUUCGUCUCCGCCAAUCCUGCUCAUACAGCCUCACGCGGUCUAGAUCCCGCCGUCGCGAAGUCUCUUCCCGUUUUCAUUUUCUCCGCCUGGACGCAUAGGGAUCCGAUCGAUUGCGUUGUUUGUCUCUCACAGUUCGAAGAGGGAGAAUCGGGUCGGCCUCCCGCAACGACGUUAGAGGAGCAAGUAGCGAUCGUCACGAUCCCUCCUGAAUCGGGAUCUUCUGCGAUGCCGUUGGAAGAAGCGCCGGUGAGUCAGAUGCCAUCUUCUACUCGGAUGUUGAGCAGAGAUGGAAGAAGUGCCCCGUCUUCAUUUGUUGGAGCUCUGUCUCAAUCGCUGUCGUCAAGCUGCGGGAUAGUGAUGACCGAAUCGGAUAUUGAGCGGAGAGGAGAAGAGAUUAAAUGA